AUGAAAGUCCGGCGCGCCAAUGCGAGCGGUGACGGCCCGGCGCUGGACGUGAUCGAUCGCUCCCGAGACGACGAAUCCCGUUUCGCCGAGAUCUGCGCCAUCUUGGUCGUCGGCGCCGCGCUGUCCACGCUGGCCGUCACCCUCCGCUCCAUCACGCGUCUGUUCCUGGUGCGGAGGUUUGGUCUCGACGAUGGCAUCAUGGUGGUUGCUCAGGUCUUGGCCAUUGGGACUGCCGUUGCCAUUGGGAUAGAGAGCAAAUAUGGCCUCGGAUCACAUACUUGGGUGCAGCCAGACGAACACUUUGUCCCCUACAUGAAGGCCUUCUACAGCUCCAUCGUCGUGUACAACGUCUCCAUGUGUCUCGUCAAAAUCUCCAUCCUGCUGCAAUACCGCCGCAUCUUCCCCGUCGGCAUGAUCCAAACCAUCACCUUCUACGGCAUCGCCUUCCUCGUCGCAUGGGCCGUCACCCUCUGCUUCCUCCUGCCCAUGGUCUGCAUGCCCGUCGAGAAGUUCUGGGACGCCACCAUCCCCGGCCGCUGCCUCGACUCGCUCGCCAUCUGGUAUGUCAUGGCCUCCAUCAACGUGGCCACCGACUUUAUCAUCUUCGCCAUGCCUUUGCCUGUGAUCCGGUCGCUGCAACUCCCGCGGAGGCAAAAGCUGAUGUUGGUCGGCGUUUUCGGGUUGGGCUUGUUAACCUGCAUCAUCUCCAUCAUCCGCAUCCGCACCCUCAAAGUCGCCGCCUCCACCGACGACCCCAACUGGGACAACGUCGACGCCGCAACCUGGUCCUUCCUCGAGGUCUCCAUCGCCGUCAUCGCCGCCUGCCUGCCCACCCUCCGCCCCCUCUUCUCCACCCUCAUGCCGCGCGCCUUCGCCGGCUCCUCCGCCCGCCGAACCCACCACCCCCACCCCCGCUCCGGCUACGGGUUCGGCGCCUACGUCCACGCCGGCAGCCGCCUUCCCAACAGCAGCGGCAGCGGCGGCGGCGGUGGCGGCGGUACCCGGCUCGGCAAGUCCGCCCUCGGGAGGUCCGACAGCACGCGGUCCCUGCAGGACCGGGACAGCAUCGAGCUGGCGGCCAGCGAGAUGAAGAUGCCGUCGCUGGUGCCUCCUGGUGGGGAGUACAGCAUUAGCGUCAGCGCGGGGCGGAAGGGGGAUCGCGGGGUUGGGUCGAGGGUGGUGGGAGACGAGUCGCCGGCGUCGAGUGUGGUGGAUGGGAUUCAGACGACGACGGUGGUUACCCAGCAUGUUAGUCCGUUUGAGCCGGAAAGGCAUUGA